UUGCAGGUUCAACAUAAGCAAUAGGAAUCCCAAACCCAAAAACAAUGGCCACUCCCAUCUUCAAAUCCAUCUUCCUUCUAUCCUUGCUACCCUUUCUUCUCCAUAUUCGCUGCGCAAAAGGUGAUCUCCAGAUGGGUUACUACUCGGAGAGCUGCCCAAGAGCAGAAGACAUCAUCAAGGAACAAGUGAUUAAGUUGUACGAGGAGCAUGGAAACACUGCUGUUUCUUGGCUUAGAAACCUCUUCCAUGAUUGUAUGGUUAAGGCAUGUGAUGCAUCGAUACUUUUGGACUCGGUAGCUGGCGUGGAAUCAGAGAGGGAAUCGCCAAGAAACUUUGGAAUGAGAAAUUUCAAGUAUAUUCAGACCAUCAAAGCUGCCCUGGAGGAGGAAUGCCCUAACACGGUUUCUUGUGCUGAUAUUGUAGCUCUUUCGGCUAGAGACGGUGCUGUUAUGUUAAAAGGGCCACGGGCCGAAAUGAAGACCGGGAGAAGGGAUAGCAAGGAAACCUAUUUAGCAGAAGUUGAGAACUUCAUCCCCAACCACAACGACUCCAUGGAACUAGUUCUGUCACGAUUCCAGUCCAUUGGAGUCGAUACAGAAGGAACCGUCGCCCUCCUAGGUGCCCACUCAGUGGGCCGGGUUCACUGCAUCAACAUCGUCCACAGGCUCUACCCCACCGUGGACCCGACGCUGGACCCCACCUACGCCGACUACCUGAAGCUCCGGUGCCCGUCGGCGGAGCCUGACCCGAGGGCGGUGGAACCGACAUACUCCAGAAACGACCGGCGGACACCCAUGAUUCUUGACAACAUGUACUACAAGAACAUUCUGGAGCACAAGGGGCUGUUGGUAGUUGAUGAACUGCUGGCCACUCAUCCUGCCACCGCUCCUUUUGUGGAGAAGAUGGCGGCGGAUAACCAGUAUUUUCACGACCAGUUUGCUCGGGCUCUGGUGAUUAUGUCGGAGAAUAAUCCGCUCACCGGCGACCAAGGGGAGAUCAGGAAGAAUUGUCGCUACGUCAAUACUAAAUAAAAAUAAUGUAUGUUCCU